UCCUCCUCCAGCCGAUCGAGGCUUAGCGCUCGCUGCACCGUCUCAACAAGAUGGCGGGGUCGGUGGCAGAGAGGGACGCGGUGAAAAUAGAGGACAGACUUUUAAACAACUCUUUGGGAUCCCCAGUUCAAGCCGAAGUGUAUUUUCCACGACUGAUUGUCCCUUUCUGUGGGCACAUCAAAGGAGGCAUGAGGCCAGGCAAGAAAGUCGUGGUAAUGGGCAUCGUGGAUCUCAACCCAGAGAGUUUUGACAUCAGUCUUACAUGUGGAGAUUCAGAAGAUCCUCCUGCUGAUACAGCAAUUGAACUGAAAGCCUUAUUUUCAGAUAAACAGUUCCUCAGGAAUUCCUGCAUAUCUGGAGAAUGGGGAGAAGAGCAGUCAUCUCUUCCAUAUUUCCCAUUUAUCCCUGACCAGCCCUUCAGGGUUGAAAUAUUGUGUGAACACCCUCGUUUUAGAAUAUUCGUGGACGGACACCAGCUUUUUGAUUUUUACCAUCGCAUUGAGAAGUUAUCAGCUAUUGAUACAAUAAAGAUAAAUGGAGACCUCCAGAUUACUAAACUUGGUUGACCUAGGUCUUUCAAAUUAUUAUUUAAAAAAAACAAACAAAACAAAGAUAACCAAAAUUUUAGAUUCCAAAUUGGCUCCGGUUCUGUUAGCCUCUGUCUGAAGAAGCAAUGAGAAUUUCGUUUGGGACACCCAGCUACCAGACGGCGAUCAUUAUUGUCUUCUCAGCAGCAAAAGACAUGUUGAUGAAUUGAACUAUUGUUUAUUUGAAUGAAGAAAGCACUUAAUGAUAAAUAGAUACUGAGCCGUCCUUCUUUUAUGGAACUAAAAAGCCUAUCCCUGCUGGAUAAUCACAUUAUAAUGGAUCUUGAAAGAGUUACUUCAUUGUCUAAACUGUAUAAGCUAUUCAUCUUCCCAAAAAGAGGGCAGGUUUGAGAAUCAAAUACUAAAUCUAUUACAACAGUGACUUUUCUUUUUGCAAAUCAUCCCCAUCAUCAUCAUCAUCAUAAAAAAGUUCUCCUGCACUUAAGUGGAUUAAUGUAAGUGUAACACCAAUCACAAAAUCAGGCCAGAUAUGGAAGCCAUUAUUCAAUACCUAUAGCUGGUUUUAUUCAAACCAAUAACAAAGGUCCCAUAGAUGUUAACCGUGCAGUGUUAGCUGGACAUUGUGGCAGUAGUCUAGCACAUGCUCAGCUCCUUCACCACACAGAAUCAAGGGAAGGUAGUGUAUCUAAUUACAGGAUUGCAGCCACUUGAAUUGCCAAGGAAAAAGUAGAAACUGAACAAUGGCUUCUGAAUUUAGUCUGCAUAUUUUAGUCAGGGUAUGUGUAUAGAAUGUAGGUCAUUACAUGUUUUGCACAAUGUAAUAUUAAUACAAUCUUUAAGAGCUUUCCUCUGGUUUAUUUAUUGGUGCUCAUUGUGUUAAUGUGUUAACAGAAAAAUCGAAUGAUAUUAUUGAAACUUUAGAGGGGCAAAGUAUAAGCCUUCUGAAUAUACAAUAUUAUAGUAACAUAUCAUAUUGGAAAUACCUGCUGUUUAUCUUAAGGUGGUUGGGGAUAUUUUUGUGAUGCCCUCACAAUGUCGCAAAAGAUUAUUGUCAUGUUUUUACCAGAAAUUGCUUUCAGUAUGUUGUAAUUUUGCUGUAAAUGGUACUCGGAAUUCCUUCUUUCCCUCAGUUAAUAAGGAUUUCUAAUUUGAUUGGGAUAUGCAUAGACUGCAGUCCUAUUAUACUCAUUAUCCAGGAACAAGCUCCCUUCUGGGCAAUGAAAUUGAUUUCUGAAUAAACAUUGUAAGAUA